AUGGGUCCUGACAGUCAACGGCCUCCCCUCCCAGCACCUACUGAUCCCUCCACACUCGAUUCUGCAGACGAAUCCAAUCUGAGAGACGACGUCGAUACCAACGUCUCGGCGCGCACCGACAAAUCAUCCUACUCCGUCCCCGAAGACGGCACCCCAAUCACCAUCAACACGAGCAAAGCCCAGGGUGGAACGAUCAAAAAGUUCCCCUCGCAGACCUCCUUGCUCAUCGAGUACUUCGAGGCCGGCCCGACAGAGGGCUUAGUCCACUCGCGCCCCCGCGUCCGCGUAAGGGUCACACCAUCGUCGCGCAGAACCGCAAACAAGGUCGGCAACGACCAGGUCCACAUCGCACAGACGACCCAUCACGCGCGCAAGCCCGCGUACAUACGCCGCAUUUCACUCGGCAGCAAGCCACGUGACGAGGUAAUCGAUACCCGGACCACAGACUACUCGGACAUUUCUAACUUCUCGUUGCUUCCGCCAGUGGAAAUCGAGGUCUUGCAGAACCAUAGCGAUAUAUCCAGCGACGGCGACCGAUUUCAUCUCAUGCCCUCGGACGUCUCUUCGAUGCCUCCGGACAGUCUCCUGGGCGAAAAGGUGGAGAUUCUGCCUCCUGGUAGGCGGAGGAGCAGGAGUCUAGAGAGAGAGACCGUCACCGAGUCUGUCUCUGUCCUCUCCGACGCCCCCGACACCUUGAAGGCGCCCAAGCACCAGCGCAGUAGAAGCUUGAGCAAGGACCGCAUUACACAGCGCGUCAUGGAGAAGCUAGCAGCACAGCAGGCGGCCGCCGAAGUCGGCAUCGCAAGAGCCAAGGAAAGUCGCUCACGCACCAAGACCACGACGAAACACAGCAAGGAGGAGCUUGCCUCGUCUCGAAAAUCACAUCGACGCAGCAAGGACGUUGAAGAAGGAAGCGCCCUGAGCGGGACGGAUUCCAGCCUCCUAUCCUCGAAUGCUGAUCGUCGAUCGGGCCUUGGACACUCUGCCCGCUCAGUUGUGUCUGGCACAUCCUCUGUUGUCAAUCCGAAACUGGUGGCGACGGUCGAAGAUGCCAUCAAGCGUCUCAUUCUUCCUGAGCUGAAUGCAUUGAAGGAGGAGAAUCGCAGUUCCAGAAACCGCGACAAAUUCGAUGAUAUUCGCAAAGCCAGUGCCACCUAUGAGACGCUGGAUUCGACCAGCUCACGCGAUCCAUCUCGGCGGCGCGUCUCCAAAUCUUCAAGCGCCCCCAAACUGUCACAUGGCGCAAAGCCCAAGGUGGUGCUCAACCGCAGUGCCGACGAUCCUGGGACCGUCCUUUCUGGCGGUGGUCAUUCGAGUCGAAAAGGUGAGCGUCGAUCUAGUCGUGGUUCAACCUCGGAUCGUAGCUAUGCCGAGUCAACUACUCGCGAGGAGAAAUCGUCUGGUCAUCGCAGGAAGAGCAGCAAAGACAAAGACGGUACUUCAUCACGAGACAAGGCUUUGGCUGGUCUUGCAGGUGCUGGUCUCACAGCAGCAGCGCUCAAGCAUCACACGUCUCACGAAGAGAAGCGAGAGGAGCGCAGGCACAGUAAGCAUCGCUCCUCCCGAGUCAGUGGAAGCCGUUCUGCAAGUGUGACCGAAAGCGAGGACGUUGCCUUUUUGAAAGCGGGCGUGCCUCCACUUCCCUUUGGCGCAAGUGAACUUCAAUCCGAACUCACUCGCGAAUCUAUUCUGUCCGCCGACACCGAAACCAAGGAAAGGCCCGAGUCGCGAGACUCGCGUUCAUCGAGAAGCAGCACGUUCAUCGAGACGCCGCUGCUUGAGGUUUCGCGUGGCUACGUUUCGCCCGGUCCACGAACACCCUCUCGCACACCGAAUGCACUUCAACAAACCUUGAAGACGGCACAUAGCAACCGCUCCACCGGUGAGGUGCGCCUACCAAUGACCCCCAAAAGUGAUCGCAGCUACACUUCGCGGACUCGAGAGACCACACAGGCUAGCUUGGAAGCUACAGCAGCAGCCAAAGUUCGUGCAAUCGAGCGCUCCGAGCCGCAUGCGUCGGAAUACGAGAUUGAAAGCGAAAGCCCAAAUCGAGGAGUCAGCCCCAUCCAGAGUGAAGCAAGUUAUCGUGAAGAGGAUGUCGCGAAUGGCUCGCCUCGACGCCGGCGAUCCUUCCAAAGUAGAGUCUCAGUAUCAUCUCUUGGGGAGCAUUUUGAAGGACGCCAAUCCAAACUCUCCAUUGCGUCGAUGGAAUCGACCGCAAGCACCAAAGCUGCACGAACGCGUAAACGUCCCCAAGGCGUCACCCUAGAAAGCAAGCGUUCGAUACUCGGCGAUUCCGGGUCACCGGGAGCUGCUGAAGACUUCUUUGAAAAGAAUCACGAGCAGAAUGAGAUGUACAGACGACAGCUAGAGGACCGUUCAGAGUUAUCGCCUGUCAACUACAACCGCAUGACGCAAUAUACAGACGACAGUGUAGGAGUGGAAUACCUGGACCAAGAUAACAAGGUAAUCGCUCCCGAUGAACAGAAUCUCCAAAAGGUCGGCUCGAAUCCGGAGUACGUCCACACGCCACUCGCAGUUGAAUCUGCAGUCGCGUCUUUACACGAUCCUUCCACCAUGAGCGUCCGAUCAUCCAACAUGUCAAGUCCGAUCAAGAAGAGCAGGCUCUCACAAGUUAGCCCAAGCCCACUGGGAGAAUACGUGCAAACCCAUGAGGUUCCUCAGAGCCAACAGUGGGGCACUAUUCGCGACAGAGCUGAAGCAUUGAUGAAGCAAGGCAGCGCGAACAACUCGCCUAGACAGUCUAUUGCGCAGUCCAUUGAUGAACAACCUCAAAUGCAUCACAGUGCCUUUCCAGCAGGAAAAGAUGAGGCCAUGCCCGAGAUUGGGUAUGGGAUAUCUGACAACGAGUCCGAAGUCGACACCAAUCCGUCCAUUAUCCAAGGACCAAUUGGCGGUGUAGACGGAUACCACAACGAUCAGAAGAAAGAAUUUCUACGACACCAAGACGACCGGGAUCGGACACCCACAUCUUUCAAUAAGGGUGCCGCUGUCGGAACCGGGACUGGCGCUGCAGCUAUUGCUGCUGCCGCUGCUUAUCAUUUGCGCGACCAAAGUCCUGGUUCAUUCGACGACGAUGACAACCGCCGCCGCCAUCAGGCUACUGUGCAAGAUGAUUAUGAUGAAUCCGCCCUAGGUGAGCAACAAUACGACCAGUCAGGUUACGCACAGAGCAACCGGACGCCGUUGUCAGGCCCGACUGGCUGGAAAGACGAGGGCUACCAGUCGGCUAACCAACGUGAAGCCUAUACGCCCCAGAACCGUCCGCACUCGAAGAGUUUUGACGAUGAUGGGUACGGGGACGAGUACGACGGUGGCGAUCUUGGUGGCCCAGACUUGUUUUCCAACUCCAAGCACCAACGACAAGCCAGCGGCAACUCUCACGGUCUUCAAUCACCGCUCUAUGAUGCGGCUACUGGAAAGGGCAUGGACCGCAUUCAGUCCAAGGAUAUUGUGGCGCUCAUGGAUCACCUCACUGUACGCGAUGCACAGCGCAAUGCUCGUGAUACCGAGAUCUUGGUCACUCUCGUACGCAGCGCGGCUGAAAUGCGGAACCAGCUUGAUGAGAUGAAGCAGUUCAUCAAGGUCCAGGACAAUAUGAUUAUGGGUACCACAGAUAAGAGGAUCGGACUCGCUGAGCAACGCAUACUGGGCGGCCCUCGUCCUCAGCCAAUGGCAUCUUUGCGUGUCAACAAAUCGUCUUCGGACGCUGCUGAUGCUGGUGAGAAGAAGAAGAGCGUCUUCAAGCGUGCUCUCAAGGGUUUGAGCAUGAAGGGCGACAGCGACAUGAAGAAUAUUGAGUCCAUGUUGAUGCAACUGCUCGAUGAGAUGGAAGGCCUGAAGCAGUCACACCAGCUCGCCCUGGACCAACAGGCCAGGUCAAACAGCCUCACUUCUUACGAAAACUUGAGGGCAAGCGGUGCGAGCGCAGACCCUGGCUACGAGCCCGAAGGCCGUGCCAACACUGCAUCAUCCCCAAAUCAGUCUGGCUUUCUCUCGAACCCAUCAACAUCACGACGCAUUCAGGACCUUCAUUCUGGUUACGAUGUUUUGCCGACCAACCGCAUUAGCACAGUACAUGAAGAGGAUGACGAGGAGUAUGAGGAGCGCGAUGCCCAGUAUGAGAAUACGGAGCGCAUGACCACGCCAACACAAGAGGCCUUCCACCAGAAGAACGGUUUGCAACAGACCCCACCUCAGGCCUCACGAGGGAUUCGUGAGCCUUCGAGCCAGGACGAUACUCCGAAGCGCAAGCACAAGUCCAACUCGUCAUCCAUCUUUGGUAUGCCCAAGAUUUCAAGGUGGUCCAAGACAACAUCGUCUACGAACAACGAGAGUCUUCCGCGAAACAGCGGAUCUGGCGACAAGCGACCAUACUCUGCUCACUCGAGAUCCAGCUCUCAAAACAGCGAAGACUAUGACGACUACGAUGACUACGAAUUGCGUGCGGACGACAGGCUCCGCUCCAACUCUUCCCUCGCCAAAGACGAGGGGGGUUCAAUGCGAUCCGUGCGAUCCCCAUCACCGCUCAUCCCAGAAGAGCAUCUGCAGUACGAAAUGGAAGACCCCAAAUACCAGGCUCACCGUAAUUCCCUGAACCUUCAGCACCCCCAGCCCCGCGCUGGCCCGACCGGGCGCCACCAAAGCCAUCUCGAGACCCAGGCUCAGAUCUACGAGCCCAUCACCUCGCCUGACUACGAUUCAUGGGGCAGCAUGCCAGCGCUUGCACGUAAUCGUCUAUCCGGUGGAGGAGCGCACCAAUACGGCGGCAACUUGUCCCCCAUCUCCUCUGAUGGCGGAUACAGCCAGCACUCUGCUUCCGAACAACAGCAGCAGCAGCAGCAACAAGCGCCACCACGGCCCCCCAAGAUUGUAGAUGACGGUCCACUUAUCCCACCGCAGCAGACGCUUGCGGGAUACGGACAGACGAGGCAGAUGUAUAGCAGCCCCAAUGAGUUUGGGAGUCAGGGUGUCCUAACGCCAUUGGCGCCCAUUGCUGAGGUGCGUUACUCGCUUGAGACGGACAGGGGGCAUCGCAUGUCGCCAGCGCCCAGCCCUCGCCCCAGCACUGGCAAUCUAAGGAAUGGCGCAAUGGACAGCCCUCAGCGCAAAAUCACGGGCCCGAGACCAAUGGGAAAUUCAAGGAGUCCGGCACCGCAACAGCAGCAACAGCAGAGUCCAUUGCAGCACUCUGACACUGUCAUCAGGCGGAAACCCAUCCAUGAUGAUGAGGAGAGUCUGUUGAGCUACGUGAGCAGUAAUGAAUCCGAGACGUUUUGA